AUUGAUCAGAUUCGGAGGAAACAUUUGAAUCUCCAAGGGAGAACAGGUCCAUUGUUCCAAGGAAAACAUAAAUAAAAGAGUGGAGAGUGAAGACUGCAGAAGAGGUUUUUCAAACUCUUUAUUGAAGUCCAAGAGAAGUCCACUUGCCAAAACCCUUCCCCAAAUUCAACGCACCGACGCACCGAAAAUUGCAACAGAUUGUUUGGUUUUGACUAUUGGGGGCAAGCUAGUUAUUAUCAAGAUGGAGUCUUUAUGGAAGCUUUUCUAUUUGCUGGAACCGGCACCUCUCACUCUUAUUCUGACUGCCAUAGCCGUGACGUAUGGAUCUGCUUUUCGAGCUCUGAACUAUGGAAAAGAAAUGGAGCGAAAUCGGGAUCUGUCUGAAGCAUCAAUUACUUUAGACAGGUCCCAGGCCUUGAUGAUCCCGGUCAUGAGCUCUUGCAGUUUGCUUUUGAUGUUCUAUUUAUUCUCUUCUGUCUCCCAACUCCUCACUGCAUUCACUGCAGUCGCCUCAGCAUCAGCCCUGUACUUUUGCCUAUCCCCAUAUGCUGCUCAUGUCAAGUCCCAAUUUGGUUUGCCUGACCCAUUUGUAUCUCGGUGUUGUUCGAAGUCGUUUACCCGGAUCCAAGGCCUUCUUGUAUUGCUAUGCUCAGGUGUUGUAGUAGCAUGGCUUGUUUCUGGCCACUGGAUAUUGAACAAUUUGCUGGGAAUAUCCCUUUGUAUUGCUUUUGUGAGCCAUGUGCGCCUUCCGAACAUCAAGAUAUGUGCAAUGCUUCUCAUUUGUUUGUUUGUGUAUGAUAUUUUCUGGGUAUUCUAUUCAGAGAGAUUUUUCGGAUCAAAUGUUAUGGUAUCAGUAGCAACACAGCAAGCAUCUAAUCCUGUACAUACUGUGGCCAAUAGCUUGAGUCUUCCUGGAUUACAGUUGAUUACCAAGAAGCUAGAAUUGCCGGUCAAGAUUGUCUUUCCGAGGAAUCUAUUAGGUGGGGUAGUGCCUGGAAACUCUGCUACUGAUUUCAUGAUGCUUGGCCUUGGUGACAUGGCUAUUCCUUCAAUGCUUUUGGCAUUAGUUCUUUGUUUUGAUUACAGAAAAAACAGGGAUUUGUCAAAUUCCUUGGAUUCGUCAAAGGGGUGUAAAUAUAUUUGGUAUGCCCUUUCUGGAUAUUCAGUUGGACUUGUUACUGCCUUGGCAGCUGGAAUUUUAACGCACUCACCACAACCAGCACUUUUGUAUCUGGUACCAUCUACAUUGGGUCCCAUAAUUGUCAUGUCUUGGGUGAGAGAGGAGUUUGCCGAACUGUGGGAUGGAUCAACUCUAAACAUUAAUGAGAAGAUGCAUACACCGGAACCAUGAGCAAUCACGCGAUCAUCAUUGUGAAGCCAGCGACGCUUGUAAAUUCACUUGGGAGUUGGGAUGGACAUUCAUCGGAUUCCAAGUUGUGUGACGUCUAAAGCGGUGCUGGUUCCGCCUCAAUUUGCCGUGAAUACCUCGUCGGGGGGCCAAAUACAACAAGGAGAAUGGGGAAUUGUAAUCCUACAUUUGGGUUUAGGAUUGGUUCUGUAGUUUUAAUUUGGAAUUGCCUAACCAAACGAUUAUCAGAACAACAAAAAUUGAAUAUGGAGAAAUUUAAAGGGACCAGUUAAAGUUGGUACCGUAUUUGCUGUUUUGAGUUUGGAAUGAAGCCUAAAUGCUUUGUGAUAGGGAAUAAAAAUAGAACGAGGGUUGCCGUGUGCAUGCAGAGUAGAAAGGGCACAUCAUAUAUUUUAUCAAAAUGUAUGUAAAUUUUUCAAAAUUUGUACCUCUUCGUGAAUAACAGAACUUCCUAUUCCUAUUG